AUGGCGACGCAGAUCAACAGGAAGAGGAAGUCCGUCGCCGACGGCGUCUUCUACGCCGAGCUCAACGAGUUCCUGACUCGUGAGCUGGCCGAGGAUGGCUACGCCGGCGUGGAGGUCCGCCGGACCCCCCAGCGCACGGAGAUCAUCAUCCGCGCCACGCGCACCCAGAACGUCCUGGGCGAGAAGGGCCGCCGCAUCCGCGAGCUGACCGCCGUGGUCCAGAAGCGCUUCAAGUUCCCCGACGGCUCCGUCGAGCUGUACGCGCAGCGCGUCAUGAACCGCGGCCUGUGCGCCACGGCGCAGUGCGAGUCCCUGCGCUACAAGCUCCUCGGCGGGCUCGCCGUGCGCCGCGCCGCGUACGGCGUGCUGCGCUUCGUGAUGGAGUCGGGCGCGCAGGGCUGCGAGGUGGUCAUUUCGGGCAAGUUGCGGGCGCAGCGCGCCAAGGCGAUGAAGUUCGCGGACGGGUUCAUGAUCUCGACGGGCGCGCCGACGCGCGACUUCAUCGACGUCGCCACGCGCCACGUGCUCAUGCGGCAGGGGAUGCUCGGGCUCAAGGUGAAGAUCAUGAAGGACCACGACCCCACGGGCCGCGACGGGCCCGCCAAGCCCAUGCCGGACCAGGUCCGCAUCAUCGAGCCCAAGGAGGACGAGCUCAUGGGAACCAAGCCCGACAUGAGCUAA